AUGGUGCGCCUACAGUCCAUCAUGCUAUCCGCAAGCCUGACGCGCGUCAACGUCGCCGCCUCGCCCAAGCUUGUGUCGACCGGGAGCGAGGCGCGAUUCCGCGGCCUGGCAUCUGUUUCGGACGAGAUCGCCUGGCUCUCCGGAACGAAUGGCACCGUGCUUCGGUCGAUCAAUGGCGGUCUCAGCUGGCAAUCUGUCGGGCCGGCGCUGUCGGACGAGGAUGCAGGUCUCGAGUUCCGCGACAUUGAGGCUUGGUCGCAGGAGAAGGCCUCUUUCACGAACCAGGAGGCGGCGGCCUUCUACGACUGGAAAGCGUUUGAAAGUCCCGAUCGCGGCAUGGCGAUGAGCGACCCGGUUGAUGGGAAAUUUCGACUCGUUGAGACUCUUGACGGCGGCAACACGUGGACUACGGUCGACCCAGUGGCAUGGCACCGGCUCUAA